UCGUGUCUUUGUGACAACAAUAACUCUAAUUUACAUCAGUAAAAUCUUGGCAGAAGUUCUUUUGGAUUAAUCAAACUCUAAGAUCAAACAUAAUCCCACCAAUGGCAACAAUAAUUUGUCCCUCAAAAUCAAUAUUAUCUCCAGUAUUCACAAUCUCAAAGAAAUCAUCAAUCACACCAUCAUGGCAAUGGAACCCAAAUUAUCAACCCCACAAAUUUACUGGUCCAAAGAUGGUUUCUAGUGGUGGGUUUUUUGAGAGACGUAGCAAUAGCAAUUUUAGACCCAACAACUCUUCUUCUUCAUCUUCUUUUGACAAGAAAAAUGGGCAGAUUGUUGUGGAUACUUGUUUGGUAGUUCCUCCACCAAAUUUCAGAAAACCUCGUGCCAUUAUUAAGUUCCUUGGUGGAGCUUUUAUUGGCAAAGUUUCUCAUGUUACUUACAGCUAUCUAAUAGAGCUAUUGGCAAAGGAAGGAUAUCUUGUUGUGCUAGUUCCUUAUAAUGUGACAUUCAAUCAUGAAGAUGCAGCUAGGCAGGUUUAUGAGAGGUUUAAUGCCUGCUUGGAUAUUCUUCUCACUUCUGGGUUAUCUGAUGCGAAACUCGAUGCUUCCCAGCUCGUUGGCCUUCCUAUUUUCUCUGUUGGCCACAGCAAUGGAGCACUCCUUCAGGUGCUGACAGCAAGCUACUUCUUUGACAAAAUACCAAAGGCUAAUGCCAUAGUGUCAUUCAACAACCGGUCAGCAACCGAGGCAGUGCCGUACUUUGAACAGCUGGGGCCUUUACUUAGUCAGGUUAUGCCAAUGGUGGAAACAACUCCAGCAUAUUCAAUGGCAAGCAGUGUAUCAGGAGAUGCAUGGAAAGCGCUACUAGAUGGAGCUGGAGCAGUAAUAUCACAAAAUGAUCCUGAGUUGUUAUCUUCAGUCACUCAGUUUGUGGAUCAAUUGCCCUCGGUGUUUAAUGAGGUUAGAGAGGGAGUGUCCGAGUUCCGGCCUACACCUGCAGAAAAUCGUGAACGUUGUAAGGGCUCAUACAAUGUCCCACACACAUUACUGGUGAAGUUCAGUUUUGAUACAAUUGACGAGACAGAUCUCCUUGAAGAAACAAUGAAGCCCCGUGUUAUGUCUAUUGGUGGAACCCUGGAGAAGGUCCAACUAAGUGGUAACCACCUGACACCAUGCAUACAGGAUCCAAAAUGGCAAGUAGGGGACCUCUACACGCCUGUGGACGCUAUUGCUCAAGGCUUGAAAACUGCUUCAUUGAAUGACACCAAAGUUCUUGCCCAAACCAUAAGCAAUUGGUUCAAACGUUUUGAAGUGUAAUGUGUUGAAGCCUUAAAAAUGGUUUUAGACCCUGCAUUUUAUGACUUGAUCUCUUUGCAAAGAAGGAAACUGUGAUGAGAGAGCAGAUUUAUUGGUCGCGUGCAGGAUGAUUCGAGCUUUCGACUAUAGUUGGUGUCUGGCUGAUGGUCCAUUGACAGAAUCACUGAUGAUAUUACGUGAUGUAUCUAUUAGGAAAAAGGAAUGGGAUUUGAUUAUUCAGGAGGGAUAAAUGGCAAAUGACUUAAAUCUUAAAUACUAUAUGUUUUACUUGAAAACAUUAUGGGUGAAUACAGGAAAAUGAACCUUAUUAUCAUUUGUACAAACUACAAAGUUGUUGGUAGUAUGAAAGUUGAGCUUAGUAAA